UGACCACUGAAGUAGGAAACCUAUGACAGACUUAUGUUUGUUGACGUUGAUCUCGUCGUGUUUUGGAAGUAAAUAAAUCUACAGUUUAUUCUUUAAACAUUAAUAUAAAUAAAAACUCUGAAAGAGAAUUCAGAGGAGUGUAAUUAAAUGUCAAAUUACCAGGAAAUAGUCAAUUUAAACAUCGGAGGCACGAGAUUUUCGACAUCAUGGCACACUCUUACUUGGGUACCAGACACAUUCUUCACAGCGCUUCUGAGCGGACGCAUUCCUACUGUCAGAGAUGAAACAGGAGCCAUAUUCAUUGACAGAGAUCCAAAUCUAUUUGGACUCAUUCUGAACUAUCUUAGAACUAGAGAUAUAGACCUUAACAAUGUAAACGUAAGGACAUUAAAGCAUGAAUGUGAUUACUUUGGCAUCACACCAUUAAGCAGAAGGUUAGCGCUAUGUGACGAGAUGACCCAUUCUUCCUGUGGAGAUGUACUAUUUUAUGGAUAUUUGCCACCGCCAUUAAGCACAGCACUACCAAAUACCAGCACUGUCAGAAACGGAAAUGGCUGUUCUCGUAAAAACUCAACAGCAUCAAAUACAGAAAUUACUGUAAACAGAACACAUUCUAGAAACUCCUCCCUCGAUCUACGUACUGUUGGAAGAAUACCCUCACAAGAUCAGCUAAGCCGUUGUGGUAGAGGACAUUCAAGAGCAGCUUCCCUGGGAAAUGCAGACUGUCACAAAGGCCAAAGACCACCCGAACUGAAUACAUGGCCAGACAACAGCAAAGUACACAUUAUAAAAGCACAUCACAACUGGGUCGUGGUUGCCUAUGCACAUUUUGUAACUGGUUACAGAUUGACAGACUCUUGCGGAUGGUAUGUAGUAUUCCAAUCACCGGUACAGGAUUCAGUAAUAGAAAGGAUAGCAUUAAAUGCGAAGACCGGCGGUGGCGGGACUUCUGGCAGUAAUAACUCCACCGGCACUGAUGUUAUGCUUGGCAUUGCUAGUGGGCCACUAGUAAAACUGUGGGCAUUCUCGACGCAUAGCGAACCUGUUAGGAGAACUCUGAUUGGCUCAUUUAAUUUAGGGGUUCGGAUAGAGCAUCUAUUGUUCGUUGGACCACAACUAGUCGCUUUAAGUGGGGCCGGGAGCCGCAGUAAGGCCGGCGUCUGGCACACGAGCACACAGCACUGGCAGACGCAGGACGUGGCCCAUCUAACCACAUACGACACGGCCGGCUCGUUCCUGCUACUCGGAACCGCUACCGGAGCCAUCAAUUACAUAGACAUGCAGAAGUUUCCGUUGCGAAUGAAAGACAAUGAUCUCCUCGUCACACAACUGUACAAAGAUCCAAAUCUCGAGCCAAUAACUGCUAUAUCAGUUUAUUUAACGCCAAAGACUAAUCUAUGCGGCAAUUGGAUCGAGAUCGCUUACGGCACACGUUACGGUUCAGUCCGCGUGAUCGUUCAGCACCCAGAGACGGUGGGUCAUGGACCACAGCUCUUCCAAACAUUUACCGUGCACCAGAGUCCUAUUACUAAGGUAUCCCUAUCGGAAAACUAUUUGAUAUCGGUAUGCAGCGAGUACAAUCACGUGCGUUCGUGGCGCGUGACGCGUUUCCGGGGAAUGAUAUCGACCCAGCCCGGCACAACGCCUAAUGCCGCCUUCAAAGUGCUGGCUCUGGAACCGCCCACCGCCCAUCCUCACAACGAUUGCGGACCUUACGGGGAGCAAGAUGUGGAGCAGAUCUUCAUACAAAAAGUCAUCCCGGAUACGGACACGUUGUACGUACGAUUGGCUUCCAACGGAAAGAGGGUAUGCACGAUUCGUUCGGUGGACGGUUCGGCGGUGUCUUGCUUCACGGUAGCGGAGUGCGAAGGCGCGCUGCGGCCGCGGCGGCUGCUGCUGUGCGGCCACCGCUCUGGAGCCGCUCAAAUGUGGGAUUUGACCGCCCCUAUUGAUAGGGCUGUCAAACCUGCCUCGUCUAUGCCCUCAGGUGAAGGUGACGAGUCUCCGUCCACCGAGGGCGGUCCGACUCCGGACGAGCUGGUCCGACUGCUGUCCGGCUGCGAUCUGGACGCGACUCCGGUACCGCAGUCGCCGAAUCGUCCCAUACAAGCACCAUGAGAAACACCAAAUUGUUUAUACGCCGCCCUCUGCGAUUUGUACACGUACGUUUUCGAUACAUGAAAUUUUAACUAAUUAAAUAAUUCACAAACAGCAAAUCGGACUCCGAAAACAAAACAAUAUAAACAGUACUUAUAAGUUACUAGCCGUACUAGCCCGCUUUGCUGGGCAUUUAAAACUAACAUUAUUAUUUAUUGUCAUUAUUAUUAGGGAGUCCAACACUCAUAUAAAUAUUAGACUAUCCAUUAAGUACAUGUAUUUUCUACAUGGAUACCAAGUUUCGAGUCAAUCGGAUGCAUGGUUCAGUAGUUAUAACGGAACAUCCGUAAAAGCCACUGUAGAUUUAUAUAUUCGUAUAGAUAUUUGACAAAUCAAAAGGUUUCAAUCAAUAUUUUCGUGAAUUAUUAUAGAUUUUUAUACUUCAUCUGAUAUUGCAGUCAAUCUUAACGACUCUUGUUGGCAUGAAUGGCAAAUGUUUUCAUGUUUGGGGUCAAUAUUAAGUAAGGUCAGCUUGUUGAUUCGAGCUUUGUGUGACGUCACACGUAAUGAAAUUGCAUUCGGUCAUGUAUGAUGAAGUUCACACGCGAUUAAGAAACUCAGAUUUAUAUGAUUAUAUUAAUAUGCAGAUUACUUUGCCGGAUGGGGGCAUAAUCAAAUUCACAUCCCAAGUCGACUAUCUAAAGGGAAAUUCAGUACGGAGUUUGGGCACAGGGGACCCAUUAAAAUACCAUCCAACACUACUGUCCCACAGUUGACAUAUGAUUCAGGAACAUUGUCACAAUAUUCAACUGAGUCCCCCAGAACAUAAAGCUUAGUCUUCCUUAACGGAAUACUGUUGAUACAAUUAUUAAUACAAUUGCAACUAUAGUAUAAUGAAUUAUAAAUUUUUGUAAAAAAAAUCUGUACGUAAAAAUCGUAUAAUGGCAGUAAGUGCGAUUUAAAAAAAUGCUCGGAUCUCUUGCUUCUCUUUUUCGAUUUGUUGAAAUCGUACCUUUUAUCCACCACUUUUCGCAGAGUACAUAUCCGAAUUAUUUUGUUUUUCGUUAAUUUAAAAUAUAUAUCUUACUGAAUUAUAAUUUAUCUUUAUAAAUAAUAAUAUAUUUAUUUAGGACUAAAACAAUAAUAUAUAUUAUUUAUAUUAUUAAAUAUAUAAAAUGUAUGAAACAUGUUAGUGACGGCGAUUUAAAUAGUGUAAAUAGAAAAACAUGAAAAUAAAUCCUUCGAUUGUUACUCUGAUGAAUUAAAUGAAAUUAAAUUAAUGCAACUACGAAUAUGUAUUAUAAGGAAGUAGAUAAGAUAUAUAUUUUUUCUUUUUAUAAUGUAUUAAUUUUGUAAUGAAAAUCAACAAGAUAUUAAAAAUGAGCAUAUUUCAAUCUUAUAGUAUUAUAGCAAAUCAAUUCAAAUAAAAACUCAAAUCACCGAUGGUGAACAGAAUUACACAUUGUACAAAUGUGCCAAAAAAUGUAAUAUAAAAAAUGACAACUCUUUUUUGUCAGGUGUGAAAUGAAUUGUUUGCGUAACGUCAUUGUGCAUGCGCCUUACUUUACAGAAACAAAAAAAAAAAAAGUAGUUUCAGAAACUAUUAUAGUCUUGGGAAUAAUAACGCCAUCAUUUUUCUAUAUUAAUAGAUAUUUAUACAAAAUAAUUUUUAUUUUUUUAACUCUAAUUUCUUAUGGAAUUAAUAUAAUGAUACGUAAUCAAUACGUGUUAUAAUUUUUCGAAACAACAGAGUUAUUUGAAACUACCCGCCGUGGUUGCUUUCCUAAAGAUCCAAAACAUUGUAUAAUCGUAAAGUAAAAAUUUGUACUCUGGAAAUACUUUAAAUUUGUGUUUAUAAAAUGGACACUCUAGUGAUGUACAAAAUGAACAUGAUAGUUUUUUUCGCAAUUAUAAGAUUCUGGUUUUUUUUUGUAACUUUAAAAUUAUCAUGUUUUUUUAAUACCUAUUUAAUAUAUGGUGUUCUUAGAAUAGUAUUGUUAUAUUUAUAGUAUUAAAAUAUGAAACAAAUAGGAUUCAGAAGUAAUCAAUUAUUUUUGUAUGUCUGCUUAUAAAUAAUAUAUUCUACGUUAAAAAGUAUUGAUUGCAUUUAGAAACGGUUGAAAAAAGGAAAUAUGAUGACGCGAGUUAAAAAUAAUUUACAUUAGAUAUAUACAAAUAUAAUAUACACUAGAAGUGAUGUUCUUUAAGUAAUAAACAUGUUGUUAUCGAAAUCGUGUCUUAAAUAUUAGGUAUUUACCUACGAAAUUGCCGUAUACAUAGUCAUUUUUUAUAAAUAUUUUCAAAUUCAAUUCAAUUCAAAUUCAAAAUCAUUUAUUUCAACUUGGAUGUCAAAAUGUAAAAGAAAAUGUUAACUCUACCACCGGUUUCAAAAAAAGCCACAGUCCUGAGAAGAACCGGCGAAACAAACUCAGCGGGCUUUUUUUUAUAUUAAACAUAAACAUAAAUUAUGUUUCAAAUAUCCAUUAAUUACGGCGAUUUCAUAGAUAAAGGUCUAUUUUUUAUCUAUCACACUUGUAACUUUUAUUUAAUCAUUACAUAUUUUAUAUGCAAAAAAUAAUUAAAGUUGAAUGAAUUGUUUUGUUUUGUACGUAGAAUUUAUUUUCGUUUAAGGAUUUCCAUAAUAUGCAAUAAUUAGUCAAUGUUGUGGAUACAUAUUAUAAAUGUCAACUAAAACCAUAAAUGACACUUUUGAAAAUAACCGAUCUUUUGAUAAUGUGACUGGAUGUAACAGAACAAGUGACGAUUUAUAAGAUUCCUAGAAACUCUUGGUGACUAUUGUAGAAUAUCUUGAGAUUAAGCUACCUAAUAUGUGGGAGGUAAUAUUUUCAUUUCAAUUUCGGGGACAUUAAAUCAUAAUAUGUAUCACGAGUAUCAGGACAAUUUCAAAAUAAAACAAAUCAAAAUUUCAAUAAAAAAUAAUUUAUUUCAUGUAGUAAAAAUAGACGUAGCCAUUGAAAACAGAAAAAAAUGUUUUUUUAAGUGUAAACAUCAUUGGCACAUGAAUUUCUAUACUUACAGGGUAUAAAAAUGGCUCAUGUUUGAAACCGCAAUAAAUUACAUACAUACAUACACAGUACAUUACAUACAUAAAUACACAUUACAUUACAUACAUACAUACACUAACCAAAGAAAAGCAUUUAUUAAAUAUUUCGAGAACCCGCAAAGGUAGGUUCCAGAUUCCUUAUUAGUUCCUUCAAAACUCGAGACGAGUAUAUGCAAAUAGAACGUGAGUAAAAUUAAUAUUUCUAAAAUGAUUUGCGUUUUUUUUUACCUAUUCGCUGGUAACCCAACAGUAGGUGAGGUCACGGGUUCAAGCCAUAGCAAGAGCAGUGCUUCACAGAAUCAACCACCGGAUCGGAAUCGCGACCCACUGAGAAGUUCCGGCAAGAAACUCAGCGGGCUGUGUCUAUGGGUUAGUUCGCUCGUCGAGCUCUUGGUCGACAGAUUCGACAAGUUCGAUGAGGACGAUGACCGGUGCUUGAGGGUCCUAAACGCACCGAGAAUGAAUCCGGGGGAUCCGACAAGACACGUUUCGGGCGAUGGCGGCUUCGUGUGGCACCGCAGCAGUCGGAUAAGGUGAUUUGCGUGCUAUAAUGGUAAGAUAGGUCAUCAUCGGCACCGCUUGUUUGCGAGAACGAUCCCAAUAAAUUCUGUAUGCUUUUUUUAUUUUUGAAAGAAGUGUGUAUUUGUAUUUGGAGAUAAGGUGCGUUCAUGUUGAAUGCGCGAUGACUUUAGCAGCGGCGGGAGUGAUUAGUGGGGAAUGGCCAGAGCGCGCUAUGAGCGAGAUGCUGGUAACCCAUAGACGGGGAUUUUAUUUUUAUCUGGAUAUAAGGUGUUAAAAAAGAAACAUUUCCACGAAAAUAAUAUUUUUUUUUUAGUAAAAUUAAGUAAAGAAUAGAAUGUACAUAUUUAAGCUUUUUUUGGAGUUUACUCCUUUAGAAUCGAUUUACAUAUAUAGGCCCGGGGUAUGAAAAUUAUGGGGACCAAAAUCGUACUAGCAUGUCACACGAAAUGCGUUAUGCGCCUGAUUGGCUCCUGAUUGCGUGAUGCGUGCGCGCGCCAAUCAAAAUCGUACUAGCAUGUCACACGAAAUGCGUUAUGCGCCUGAUUGGCUCCUGAUUGCGUGAUGCGUGCGCGCGCCAAUCAAAAUCGUACUAGCAUGUCACACGAAAUGCGUUAUGCGCCUGAUUGGCUCCUGAUUGCGUGAUGCGUGCGCGCGCCAAUCAGGAGCCAACGCGCGGCCGCGUUAUUGCAGGUGACGCCGGGCUGCUGCGCCGGCAGUCCGCCACAAAGCCUCGUACUGAUCGCGCGUUUCUCUCAUUAUUGUAUUUUCAUAUAUUUGUUAGUCGUUUGUUUUGUGUCUCGUUAAUUUGUUAAUAAUCUGUAGUGUAUCGUGUUGUCGUAAUAUAGAACUAUUUCUCGUA